AUGAGCUUGAAAGAAGCUUUAUUGGGGAGUAAAUCUAAGAGGAAAACGAGGAAGAAGAAGGAGUUGACGGAGAACCUCGAGAUUGAGAUGCUGUCGCCGGAAGAGUUGCAAUUCCAACCUGUCGAAGUGAACAUCCCUCCUGUGCCUAUGCUGUCUCAUGGACUUGAUCGAGUCUUGUUCAAUCCGGGUAUCUACCGCCUGCAAGACCCGCGGUCUCGAGUCUAUAACUUUGAUCCCUAUCUUGAGAAGAUCAUGCCAGCCGCGGAGUUCAAUUUUGAUGCUCUUAGCGAGUACAAAACUUCCUCCAAGGAUGAAGAUCUCCUCGCCAUUACGAGAGAUUUAGGCACGAAAUUUACAGGUUCAACCUCUAGUAUGUCGGGGACACUAACACAUUUUCACUAUCUACUCUCCGGUUGGCGCCCGCUCUGUGUCGAUGGACUCUCGAAGAAAUUUCCGAGUGCAACGACAAGGUUCUCAAAGAUCCAAAGAGCUCCGAACGCCAUAUUCUUGAGAAAGAAAAACGAUGUGUACGCCAUUGAUGCGGACAAGUCGUAUGAUUCGCCAAAUAUUAUGAGUUGGCUUGGACACUCUUUGGAAAAGCUCCUCACCAACUCACCAGAGGAGUUCGAACUCUAUCGCCGAUCAAGCCCAGGUACGCCACCAAAUGAGGAUGAUGAGGGGAAAUCGUUCCAUUACUCUAAGCUGGGCAAUUUCUUGAUGCGUUCGCAGCUGGACGCGUACGACCCACGGCUGCCCGGGACUGGUGUUUUCGAUCUUAAAACACGAGCAGUGGUUACGAUCCGUAUGAAUCAUAAGGAGUACGAGAUGGGAUCUGGCUACCAACUUCAUUACGACCAGGGUGAAUGGGAAUCCUAUGAACGAGAAUUUUACGAUAUGACUAGAGCGACUCUGCUAAAGUAUUCACUUCAAGUCCGAAUGGGUCGCAUGGAUGGCAUUUUUGUUGCAUAUCACAACAUCGAACGUAUAUUUGGUUUCCAGUAUAUCAGCCUCCCAGACAUGGAUUACGUCCUCCACGGGCAGACCGAUACUUGCUUAGGCGACCAGGAAUUUAAGUUAAGUAUCCGUCUGCUGGACGAGCUUCUGGGUCGCGCCACCCAGAAGUUCCCUGAAACAUCCAUCCGACUACAUUUCGAGACUCGCGAAAGCGAGGUUCCGUACAUGUACGUGUUUGCAGAGCCGGUUACGGAAGAGGCCGCGGAUAUGAUUCAAAACUCGGGACGUGCUGCUAUGAAAGAUUUUGAACGUAAUGUAAUUGGCGUCAAACGAGACGACCCUGAAGUACAGAAGGAGUGGCAAGAGAUCCAAGAUCGCGUUGACGAAGAGGUCGAUGAGGAUCAAUUAAACCCUAAGGAUGAAGGCGAUGAAGAGAUAGCGGAGAAGCAGGCGAAGGACAGGGACGAAACUGAUGAGGAAAACACCGAAGGUGACGCUUCCAAAGAAACUGCGUCGAUUUCGAUGGAGGAUACGGUAGAUAGCGGAGACACGAAGGCUACAAAACCCGCCACAGCAAGUAAAUCCGUGUCGGAUGGGCCUUUAAUGGGCUGGACACUAACUGUGCGUAAUCUUGUCAACGGCAGGUACGUGAAGCGACCAGAAGAGCUGAGUUCCUCGGAUAGCUGGUCAAUCGAAUAUCACGUCCAAGAACUUCCGGACGAAACGAAAUGGUCGGUCUAUGGACAGCUAAAGACCCGACGGAAGAAACUCAUUGGAUUACGCGAGGAGGAACAGUCCAAACAGCUAAAACAAUACCGCGAAAUGCUUCAGAGAUAUAGCGACAAGGGGCGAAAGUGGAGGGAGGAGCAGGACAAAAUCGAUGAGCAGAUGGGAAAGCGAGUGUAUCGACGCUUGGGUCCGGGGGCCGAAGAAGUGAUUCAAACCCACUCGGAACAGGUGAAAGACAAAGUCGACGGGGUCCUGUCAACCCAGCUGGAGACGGCAGGUUGA